AUGCCCACCAAGAUGGCAAUUCUGUUGAAAUCGAGAUGCUUACCUUUCAAGUAUCCAAAGCUGGAGCUCAAGGCUAAGGCGAUGUACAAGGCUGAAAUGAAGUUGAACUUCACUGCCUACCAUUGUUACCGCUAUCUGUCCCGGUAUCCCAAGUGGCAAGAGACAGCAGAAAAGUCGCUCGAAAAGCAGAAGAACAAGGGGAAGGGUGGCAUGAAGAAAUCUAUGUCUGUUGCUGUAGAGGGUCAGCAACAAGAUGAUGAUGGCACCUCUGACAUGUCUGGCACUCGGCCUGCUGGGAGAAAGCAGAUGAAAGCAAGAGAGUCGGGCGUACGAAGAUUCGAGGAGAUGAUGGAGGAGAUGCAUGCGAUGAAGGCGAGCAGUGCAUUGGAGCUCAAGGAAAGGUCUGCUCGCAUCCUCAAGUCCAUCGAAGAUCAAGCUGAAGAACAGAUGCGUGCAGCAAAAGCACGUCAACUUCUGGACGAAGAAGAAAUGGCGUCCUUCAAAAGACGCCGUCUUCUGGAAGAAGAAGAGAUAGCGUCGGCUAAAAUCCGCCGACAGAUAAAUGAAGAGGAACUGGCCUCGGCCAAAACACGUCGGGAUAUGGAUGAAGCCAACACAAGGCUCAUCAAAAUAAAUACAUUGAUCGCCGAAAGAAAGCUUUUGUCUUUUGAUGCCAGUAGCAUCUCGAACCCUGCCGCCCGCAAGAAGUUCUUGGACUUACAGCCGCAGGUUAUGGAAGAUAACACUGACAGCAAAUAA